AUGGAAGAAAACAAUAAUUGGAACAACAUGUCGCGAGCAGCGCCCAGCAGAGCGAAAAGGGGCGAUUCGGCGCGAUCGAACUACCACAGAAACCGGCCUUCCAGAGUAAAUCCGGUGAACGCGGCCCGAAGUCAAGCCUACAUCGACGAUAUCACCUUCAACGCGAUGAUAACCAGCGGCAUGAUGGGAGUCCUAGCACCGGUACAUUUCACCCAGUUUAGGGUGCCCGUGAGGCAGACCAGCGAGCCGAAUCAAAACGAUGUACCGGGGGCGCAGCAAAUCGACUACAGAUUGGGGUGGAUACCAAAAAACCUCAACUUAUCCAGCAUAUCGAAUAACGAAAAGGGCAAAGCGGGACCUUCGAAAUUCAAAAGCACAGAUAAGGAAUUGUUGGCGGAGCUUUUGAAGGACGAAGGGCCGCCGAAGAAGGAUUCGAGAUUUCUGUUGCCGAAAUUAAACGUGGAAGAGAGCGAUAAAGCGGACGAGAAUGUCAGAACGAAGAAAAAGGAAACGGUAAUGCAAUGGUUCGACAAAGUGGUGGAGAGCGAGCUUUCGAAACGGAAAAAUCCAAUUUCGUCCGAUUUCCCGGGAAAAUUUAAAUCGAAUGCAGGCAAAAUAUCGAGUAAGAUAGACGUUACUAAAAAGGAAUCCACGAAAGGUAUCGAUUGA